UAGAAAUUUACAAUUUCAGAUGUAUUUAUUACUAUGGGGCGCCUUCCUUUCCUGUCUAUCCUCCAUUACAGCUCCAAUCACUAAAUAUCUAGUGGAGUUGAGCUCAUCUGUGACAGAAUUUGAGCAGGAUUUAAGGAAACAGCUCAAAGAGCUACAAAAGGAACUGAAGGGAAUAUCAAUGAUGGACGAAUUUGCAGAAUACGCCAGAACAGAGAGAAAAAUAAAUAAGGUAAAUGAGAAAUUAGAAGCUUGCAACAGCGCCAGAAAUGUCCAGAGUGGAAAAGCAAAAUGGGCAUUUACCCUAACAAUUCAUUCAAUAACAGGAUUAUUGACUUUCCUAAGUGUUUGGUCUUCCUGGGGUGAGCCUGUUGUAAUUUUGCCAGCUGAGUGGGUGUGGCCAGUUGGUUGGUUUCUCUCCAGCCCUGGGGUAGGUGUGUCAGGAGGCGUUUCUCUCCCUGCCUGGAUGGCUUUAUGCAGGACGAGCUACAAGAUGCUCCCGUCUUUUCCUUCUGUUUUCAGUGCUCCUAAUUAUUCCCAGUUACCCCUAGACUAGUAUUUCCAGUUUCCAUUCCAGCUACCUUUAGACUAGUAUUUCCAGUUUCCAAACUAUUCCAGCUACCUUUAAACUAGUAUUUCAGUUUCCAUACUAUUCCAGCUACCCUUAGACUAGUAUUUCCAGUUUUCAUGCUAUUCCAGCUACCUUUAGACUAGUAUUUCCAGUUUUCAUACUAUUCCAGCUACCCUUAGAUUGGUAUUUCAGUAACCAUACUAUUCCAGCUACCUUUAGACUAGUAUUUCCAGUUUCCAUACUAUUCCAGCUACCUUUAGACUAGUAUAUCAGUUUCCAUACUAUUCUAGCUACCUUUAGACUAGUAUUUCCAGUUUCCAUACUAUUCCAGCUACCCUUAGACUAGUAUUUCCAGUUUUCAUACUAUUCCAGCUACCCUUAGACUAGUAUUUCAGUUUCCAUACUAUUCCAGCUACCUUUAGACUAGUAUUUCCAGUUUCCAUACUAUUCCAGCUACCUUUAGACUAGUAUUUCCAGUUUUCAUACUAUUCCAGCUACCCUUAGAUUGGUAUUGCAGUUUCCAUACUAUUCUAGCUACCCUUAGACUAGUAUUUCCAGUUUUCAUACUAUUCCAGCUACCCUUAGUCUAGUUUUUUAGUUUCCAUACUAUUCCAGCUACCUUUAGACUAGUAUUUCCAGUUUCCAUACUAUUCCAGCGACCUUUAGACUAGUAUUUCCAGUUUUCAUACUAUUCCAGCUACCUUUAGACUAGUAUUUCCAGUUUUCAUACUAUUCCAGCUACCUAUAAGACUAGUAUUUCAGUUCUCAAACUAUUCUUAGCUACCCUUAGACUAGUAUUUUCAGUUUCCAUACUAUUCCUAGCUACCCUUAGACUAUUAAAACCAGUUACUGAACUAUUCAUAAGCAGCUGUAGACAUGUAUUUCUUGUUCUUAAUCAUUAUUAUUACUAGUCCUCCUGUCCUCGUUAUUCCUAGUUAUUUUUAGUUAUUCCUAAUUAUUCUUAAUUAUUCCUAAUUAUUCCUUGUUAUUAAAGGAACUGUCGACCUAAUUUAAAGUGACUCUUUAUUUAAAAAGGGGCGUGAAUGAUUUACAGGGGUACCGUUGUCAAUCAGAUAUAAAAUUCCCUAAAGGGACUAAAAGCGAAAUGCCAUGUGACCCACUAUGCAAAUAUGGCAUUGCCCGAUUUACAACGCUAUACUUAACAGUUUUGUUUGAUCAAGUAUAAAUUAAAUAUCCACGUGGUUGUUCCUUUUAACUGUUAAUUUUCAUUUGCGGGUCCUCUACGAAAGUGACUUCAUUUCUUGCUUAUAAGAAGCAAAGAAGAAAUUAUGAAAAUUAAAACUUUUCGAGUCAAAACACCGACGUUAUCUGCACAUUUUUGAUCAGAUAAAGGUUUCAAUGGUACCGUUGUAAAUCUAACAUUGCCUUGUUUGUAGGGUAACAACAAUUAACAUUAUUAAUCCCCCUAGCUAUGUAUAGUUAGCUACCUUUACAUUUGUAUUUUUAGCUACUUUUUCCCUUAUCCUUGUAUUGUGAUUGUCCUAUACCCUCGAAGAAAGUAAUGCCCCUUUUUUUAAAUGUUUUUGUUUAAUGUUGAUCUUUUUGUAACUUUUGUUGUGGAAUUCUGUAUUUCCCUUUGUACGUUGGUAAUAGAUAUAUUUAAUUCAUUAAAAAUGCGCAUAAAACCACGCUACGCUACAUGUACGUCAAAAAAAGCACAUUAGCAUGUUAAAAGUUGGUUUCUGUUUUGUUUUAUUCUAAUUUUUUCAUAGUCUAAAAAGUAAAAACACUCAACUGAUUUUUAAAAUAAAUCAGAAUCAAUCAAUAAAUCAGUGGAACAAAAUACUGUUCCAGAAUAUCUUGGAUUUUUAAGUUUCUCGGUUUUUCUAUAGCAUCUGUGUCUCUUAAAAUAACGUUUAAUAUAAUUCUAAGUCUGAAAUACGUUAUGUUGUAUUUAUAGUCAUAAACAAGAAUCUCGUUUAGAUUUUGUUCUAUUUGAAAUUUAUUCUAGACCAAAAAAAUGCUGUUUUUAAGUGAUGCGUACAUUGUGAACCCAAUAUUACCCAAGGAUCAAAUUAUAUCAUUAAAAAAAAACAUUUUUCUUUUUGUUAUCCUCAGAUAUUUGAAAUACACUUAUCGGAUCUAUUGAA